GGUGAAUCUUCCGCCCUGUUUUCGAAACUAGGCAGCUCACUUUUUGGGGCAACCAAUUCACCCCAAAAAGUUGUAACCAACAUCCGUGGAUUCCUAUCGAAUCGGCUGACCGGAGUUUCCAUUCCCGAUACAGGAUGGAAAGAUUCGAUCCUUUCACUUCCGAAAAAAUGGUUGUCUACGACGGAGGCGGUCGACGAAUUUGGGUUCCCGGAGAUGCUCCCGAAGGUGCCAGUUCCAACGCUGGAUCAAACCAUGACCGAGUACCAGCGGGUGCUGCAGCCAAUCACGACGUCGCAGCAGAUCGAGCGGACCCGGGCCAUCAUUAAACAACUGACCGCACCGAACGGAGCUGGAGCGGCGCUGCAACAGUACUUGCUGGACAAACGGGAAGCCGACGAUAACUGGGCUUACUACUACUGGUUGAACGAUAUGUACAUGGACAACCCGCUGCCGCUGCCCAUCAACUCCAAUCCGGGCAUGGUUUUGCCACCGCGCAAAUUCACCACCGUCAACGAUGUGGCGAGAUUCGUUGCGCGGCUGGUCGACCACCUGAUGAUGCACAAGGAAAUGUUGGACAGCGGUGGUCUCAUUCAAGAACGUGCCACAUCGCGCGAGAAGGGUCAACCGUUGUGUAUGGCUCAAUAUUAUCGGCUUCUCGGUUCCUGCCGACGUCCGGGAGAAAAGCGGGACAGCCAGUACUUGCCAGAACAGAGGAGCGAUGAGCACGUGAUCAUUAGCUACCGCAAUCAGAUGUACUGCCUCCCAGUAAAAGCGGGUGAUCGAGGACGUCUUAACGAGGACGAAAUCUCAGCCCUGUGUUUGCACAUUCUCAACGAUGCUCCUUGUCUACCCCGGAAAGCUCCUCGAAUGGGUCUUUUGACUGCUGAACCACGUCCACGCUGGGCGCAGGAUCGCCAAAUGUUGCUGAUAGAAGAACAGAACGCUCGCAACAUUGAGCUAAUCGAACAGGCGCUGGUUUUGAUUUGUAUCGAUGAAGCAAUAGCGUUGACCUUCAACGCUCGUGGGUUCAACGGAUCUCCGGCAGGUGCUCAUUAUUGUGGCGGUCGUGACGAGAGCAACAUGGCCCACGAAAUGAUCCACGGUGGUGGCAGUGAGUAUAACACCGGCAAUCGUUGGUUUGAUAAAACCAUGCAGCUGAUCGUCUGCAACGAUGGCAGUUGGGGUCUGUGCUAUGAGCAUUCACCUUCGGAAGGAAUUGCCGUUGUCCAGCUGCUGGAGGGAAUCGUGAAAAAGAUCGACGAAAUGCCAGCGAAGGAAGAGAACGGAUCCCACAGCCAUCUCCCGCCACCUGAACGCCUCGAGUGGAUCAUUCGACCGGAAAUCGAACGUCGCCUGCGGGAUGCUGCUCGCACUGUUGAUAAAAACAUCGAAGACCUAGACUUCUAUGUGUAUCGCUACAAACCCUUUGGGAAAAAUUUUAUCAAAGCUUGUCAGGUCAGCCCAGAUGUGUUCAUACAAUUGGCACUACAACUGGCGUAUUUCAAAUUGUACGGUCAUUUGGUCAGCACAUAUGAGAGUGCUUCAACAAGAAGAUUUUUGCUGGGACGAGUCGAUUGCAUCCGUUCGGCCAGUAUGGAAGCGCUGGAGUGGGCCAAAGCUAUGUGCCAAGGCGAGGGAGCCAACGUAACACUCGAAAGCGACAAGGAGGAAGACUAUAGCUGCGAGGCGGCCAAUAGCGACUCACGAAAAGUAACUUUCAGUAUUUACAGUAAGGAUCAUCUGAGGGAACUGUUUCGCUGUGCCGCAGCUCGCCAAACGGAGGUAAUGGUACAGAACAUUCUGGGAUAUGGCAUCGACAUUCACCUGUUGGGUUUGAGGGAAGCUUCCAAGGAACUCAACGGAACGGUUCACGACCUAUUCACCGACGAAGGCUACAAGAUUGCCAAUUGUUUUCUUCUCUCCACUAGUCAGGUCGCUUGCUCAACGAACAGCUUUAUGGGUUAUGGUCCUGUUACUCCCCAUGGAUACGGAGCAUCGUACAAUCCGCACCCAAACGAGAUUAUUUUCUGCAUCUCGGCGUUCUUUUCCUCGGAUAAAACGAGCGCGUCACGAUUCGCGCGCUCGCUUCAGGAUUCGCUCGACGCCAUGCGAGAUUUGCUAUCCUAAACAUCCAUCCAUCCAUCGCUGAUGAUUAUGACCCAUCUACAUGGAGGCCUUAUAUCAUAUCGGAGAUAUCGAACGCUUUGUCUCGAAACUGAGACUGAAACAACCAAAUAACGAAACAUAUCAAUUUUGAGCUAGAAUCCACCUUCCCGCGUGUACUUGGGAAGAGAACGAGGGACACCUUAGAUCUUUGACCUAUGUAAUGAGGCAUCUAGAAACAAACAUACAUAUCAGUUAUGAAGCUUUACUUUAUAGGUUCUUGAAAAGAUCUCUUCUAGGGGAAUCCCGAGACUGAAUACUCGGAUCGAUUCCACCAGUUGAGGUGAAACAACCAAAGAAACGGAAACAUAUCACUAGUUUGUAAGUUUAAAGGUACCGUUUAUAAUAAUUGAUAAGUACUGAGCUAAGAUUCUACGGUCUGUGGCAUUUUUAAUAUUUGACUCGUUAUUUUAUUAAUUAAUAAUGUUGGACUCGUUCUAGCUGGAAAAGAUAUUUUAAAAGUUUGAAAGUUUUAAAAACUUUUCAAACCCUAUUUUUUGUGUUACAUUACGAUUAGGAUUUCAUCUGAGUUUAAAAAUGUUCAGAAGACAAUUUCGAAGAUCACUAUUGUAACAAGUAAAACGUACUGUGUUCGAACAUUGUCCGUGUAGGUACAUUCGACUUUUAAGUGCUUCAAGAAGAGCAAUUUGUAACUAGAAGUUCGGAAAAAAUGCCACAGAUCUGAAAAAUAAAGUUUUCAAUUGACAAAAAACUACUUAUGUAUGACAAGGUACUACAAAAACACUUAAUAAGAGAUAGAGACACGUUGUUAAUCAAACAAAAACGUCAGCCGUUUUCAAAUGAGACAAAAAUUAUCAUAGCAUUUAAGCUUGUCUGAAACGCUUAUACACUAAUAUAGAAAGUCGUUUAACCCUGUUGAAGUUGACUGAACAAGCAGUUUGUAAAAGGUUUAUGUUGAUUUGUUAGUUUGACUACGUGUAGUAGCAAUACCAACAAUUAUAAUAAAAUCAGAGAUUAAAUGUAUUUGCUUAGCUGUAGAAAUUAAGUAUGUUAUGUUGUGUUCAAAGAAGUUAGCACAGCUCACUUGAACUAUUGUUUAUCAGUAUUGAAGCUCGAGCUUGCCAAAAUUUAAUCACUGUUAACGUACAUAUGUGGAUCAUAUUCAUAGGUUUUAUCAAUUGUCUUGUAACUUGUAGGUCAAUUAAACUAGAAACUCGUACUGAUUGUUGAGAUGUUACUCUGGAAUUUAUCCGUUGGAGUAGAAAUUAAAAACUACAAGGAUUUUAGCGCCCGCACAGUAAUUCUCGCCCAUUUGAACUAGGAUUGAAUUCAUGCGUAGCAGUUAGAGUGACUUUGUAUUUUGAAAAAUAUAUUAGAUCAUUAAAGAAUUGACUUAUUUAAAAGAAUCUGCUUAAAUAUAUUUAAACAUUAACGUUUGUUAAUAGACGGAUUUGCUUAUAAAAUUUCUUGAAUAUUUUAGCAAUGACCUACACACUACGAUUUUUAUUUUUGGCUACGCUCAAAAUAAACGUAUAAUACCUAUACCAGAGUCUGCUAUUGGUUUUGGAGAAUUGGUAACCCAGUUGUAAAAUUACCUUUUACCCAACUUAACUUUUACCCAAUGUUUUAACGGAAUUUGGUUCUAAGAGUCAUAUCAGAAAAGUCAGUGAAUUUAGUUUGAAAAUCAUGUAUACCCAAUACCAUCCGUGAAGACGCAACGAUAAACAUUUGUAAAACAACCGAAAAAAAUAUGUGCGUACAACAAUAUCUAGUCAUACGAUAGUAGUGGCAGUUUUUUUUAGUGAGAACAUUAAACCAAAUGUACCAUACAUAGCAUUUAACACUAAACAUACCGACACUUUGUAUAUACCUAUUCAUACCGGGAGCGGUCAAAUGACGGUUUACACUGUUUUCGCUAAAACUCUUGUUUCUCAACCGAUUUCUUUAAAAUUUAUAGUUUUGAAAAGCCUAUAAUGUGACUCAAAAUUUAAAAACGCAAAAAUACUUGCAUUUUGAAAAUAAAAAUAGUCCUGUCGUUAAUUUGUCGAAAAAAAAGUUAUAUAAGGCGUAAUCAUCCUUCAAAGUUUAAAAACCGUCAUUUGACCGCCUCCGGUACGUUUAGUGUUAAUCAUCAUUUUAGGAAAACGUCUAAUGUGUUUGAGAAUACAUAUCAUAAAUAUGCAUAUCACAUGAGCGCUAUUAGGAAAAAAGGCGUCUCUUAAGUAUCAUCAUCUAAUUCAAGAAGUUAGUCAAAUGAGUGAUGAGUGCAGUCGUGAAUCUCUACAUAAGUCAUAAUUAUUACAAUGCUAGGAACAAUUUUGGCAGUGGCAAACAAAUGUAACGCCAUGUGUUAAGUGUAAUCUUACUGGACAGUAUUUAAUGAACAUUAAUCGUGUCUGAAAUAUCAAACAUAAAAUAGGUCAUAGGAUAAAUGUUAUCAUUCUAACGCUUUAACUGUUUUCUGCGGGACACUUGUAAUCGUUGAAAUCCCAGAUAAAUAAUCAUGUUUUUUUUAUUAUUUAAAAACUUAGAAAAUUCUUGAAUCUCUAAAUUUUGUUAUUUUAAAGAUGGGUAUGACACUUUCAAACUUAAAAAAAUCACACUUUACACUAAAGGGUGUUCGGACCAAAAAGUGAUCGGCCUAAAUUGCGUGUAAAUCGAUUAUUUGUUUAUUGAAAAAUCCAAAGUAUCUUUCUUUUUAAAGUUCAACGUGUAUAAAAGACGGAAAAAAUACUCUGCUAAGAUUUUGUACCGUCAGCUUAUCCACUUUCUUCUGCGCAGAACGCCAGUGUGCUUUGAACUGCUUCUCGCUGCAUACAGUUUUUUGGAUCUUCUUACCUACCUACCUAAGGGUCCAGCGCCGAUUGACCGGCGCAUAGGGCUGAGAUAAAAGAUCUCCACUGCUGGCGAUCCGGAGCCAGCGUCUUCACUUGCUGCCAGCCGAGGUUCUCGUCAACUGUGCGGAUUUCAGCGGCUAGACUUCGCCGCCAGGAGCUUUUGGGCCUGCCUCUUCUUCGAUGCCCAUCUGGAUUCCAGUCAAGCGCCUCUCUGCAAAUCUCGUUUUCAUCUCUUCGCAGCGUGUGCCCAAUCCAUCUCCACUUACGUUCCCGAAUCUCGAUUUCUAGCGCCUUUUGAUGACACCGGCGCGGCGAUGAAGUUCAACGUUUGAGAUCCAGUUGCCAGGCCACCAAGCGCGGAUGAUGUUCCGCAGGCAGCGAUUUACAAAAACUUGCAGUUUUCGCGUCGUCACCACAUAUGUGCACCAAGUUUCACACCCGUACAGCAAUACGGAUUUGACGUUUGAGUUGAAGAUUCGGAUCUUAGUUCGUAGAGAGAUCUGGCGUGACCGCCAGAUGUUUCGGAGACUCGCAAACGCAAAUCGGGCUUUUCUGAUCCGGGUCUCGAUGUCCUUCUUGGUCCCACCAUCAGGCGUAAUCUGGCUACCAAGAUACUGGAAGCACUCCACUGUCUCAACCUGUUGUCCAGCUACCACGAAAUUGGAACGAUUUUCUGUAUUGAUUUCCAUCGACUUGGUCUUUCCGACAUUGAUUUUGAGACCUGCUGCCUUGGAGCUUUCGGCACAGAGAACAGACGUACAAGCUAGCCCACGAAACUUGUGUAAAAAUCCCAACACCCUUUUUGAACUAAUUUUUGUUUUUUGGUUACGAUCACGCCUUUUCGAAAACUGGGCACUUUAAAGUUGAUUUAUAACUCUUGAACGGCGCAAUAGAUGGCACUGUUUGCAGUCAGUUUCUAACGUAUUUUUUUGGUGAAAGCAUUUGAAAUUUUACACACUUUUUUGACGGUUUGUUGUUCGAGCUUGUACGUCUGUUUUCUGUGCUUUCGGUGAGGUCGUCGAGUUUGCUCUGCAUGUCUUGUUGUGUUUGGGCGAGCAAAACAAUAUCGUCUGCCAGGUCAAGGUCGUUCAGUUGCUCCAUGGUUGAAGGAUUCCACGGCAAUCCUCGGUUUGGUCUACAGUCAAUCGAUCCAGUCAAGAUCUCAUCCAUUACGAUGAGAAAAAGCAGCGGUGAAAAAAUACAUCCUUGUCUCACUCCAGCAGUUACCGGGAUUGGUUCGGACAAGACACCGUCGUGCAAGACCUUGCACGAAAAUGCCUCGUACUGUACUUCGAUGAGAUGGACUAGUUUCUCUGGGACCCCUCGUCGUCUAAGAGCAGCCCAGAUGUUUUCGUGGUUCAGUCGGUCAAACGCUUUUUCGAAAUCAACGAACACCAGCAGAAGAGAGUCCUGGAAUUCGUUGAUUUGUUCCAGUAUUAUUCGUAGCGUUGUGAUGUGGUCCACACAUGAUCGUCCGGAUCGGAAUCCAGCUUGUUGCCGUCGGAGUGUAGCGUCGAUUUUCUCCUGGAUCCUGUUCAGGAUCACUUUGCAGAGUACUUUGAGGGUUGUACAGAUCAAAGUUAUGCCACGCCAGUUACCGCACUCUGUUAGGUCUCCUUUCUUUGGGACCUUUACGAGGAUACCCUGCAUCCAGUCGGCCGGGAAUGUUGCAGUAUCCCAAAUGUCAGCGAAUAGACGGUGCAACAUUUGUGCUGACAAGGCAGGGUCGGCUUUGAGCAUUUCAGCAGGAAUGCAAUCGAUUCCAGGCGCUUUGUUGGAUUUCAUGUCCUUGAUUGCCGCUUCUAUUUCAGCCAGCGAGGGCGCUUCCGAGUUGACGCCAUUAAUGCGACUUACUGUGGGCGCCUCGAGCUGCGGGUUCUGUUGGCCAUUGCUAUUUGUAACUCGAAAAAGUUGAUCAAAAUGCUCAGUCCAACGCUUGAGCUGACCUGUUCGAUCUGUCAGCAGCUGACCUGCUCGGUUUUUCAGCGGCAUUCUUGCAUUAGUCCUUGCACCACUAAGGCGGCGAGAAAUAUCAUAUAAUAAUCGGAUAUCUCCAAUGGCGGCGGCUCUUUCUCCCUCUUCGGCUAGGUAGUUUGUCCAGGCUCUUUUGUCUCGUCUACAAGCUCGUUUAACUGCCUUUUCCAGCUCCGCAUAUCGUAAGCGGGCGGCUGCUUUGGCUGACCCGGUACAUGCCUGCUCAAUUCCGACUUUCGCCUUUCUCCGAUCAUCGAUCAUCCUCCAGGUUUCAUCCGACAUCCAUUCACUUCGUCUUCCACAAACUUUACCGAGAGUACCAUGGCUCGUCGUGAUAAAGGCAUUCUUGAUUCCACACCACUGUUCUUCGACUGUUCCGUCUGUCGGCAGCUCCGAGGCUCGGGAUUCUAGCUGUUCAACGUAUGCCCUUUUCACCUCUGGAUUCUCCAACCGGCGGACGUCGUAUCGACACCCGACUUUCUCCUCGCGCCGUUGGACACGUGCAACUCUCAGUCGUAUCUCGCCAAGGACGAGGUGAUGGUCAGAUGCAAUGUCUGCGCUUCGCUUGUUGCGGACAUCAAGAAGGCUCCUUCUCCAUUUUCGGCUGAUGCAGAUGUGGUCAAUUUGAUUUUCUGUUCGGCCAUCUCGGGAUACCCAAGUGACCUUAUGUGCUGGUCGAUGGGGGAAGAGCGAUCCACCGAUCACCAUGUUGUUGUUGCCACAAAAUUCUACAAACAGCUCUUCUUACGGUUUUGCUUAACUAUCGUCCAAUAUUUUUCGAUUGGGAGCAGUUCUGGUGUGUUGGGAGGGUUGGGCACAACCUGAAUGUUGUUAGCGACAUACCUCUCCAAGGCCUUUUUUCCAUCAUGGCAGGAUGCAUAAUCGAGUCAAAACAGCACAGACAAGUCAUGUUUCUUCAGAAAAGGCAGCAAACGCUUUUGAAGACACUCCUUCACCUAAAUUCCGUGCUCAACAGUCCGGUUGCAGCGAAAAUGUCGCUUUACAAGCCACAGGAACAGAUUGCUUCCCAAACGAGAUAAUUCUUGACAAACUUUGAUAGUUUAAUAUGCUUGAAAAUGUCUGACACCUUUUCCCAUCCGGUUGCUGUAUAAAACUCUUGUCCCGGAAGCUGUCUGGAGUCUGCCUUGGCGUAGGUUUCGUCGUCCAUUACCACGCUAUCAAACUUUAUCGACAAUGUCGUAAACAGCUUCAAGAUCUUGUUUUUGCCGUAAGGUUUUGCUUUUCAUCGCGAUUUGCAGUCACUACCUUCUUAUAAGUCGAUAUUCAGAAUCGUUUUUAAGCUUCAUGCACAGUUGUAGUCGAUAUUCCCAAUUUAUUGGCGACAUUUUGAACGGAGAGAUUGGAGUUUCGCUUGAAAGUGCUAGCCACUUUUCUGUUCGUAACUGCGGCUUCCGAAUUUCGAUUUCCCCCAGAUUCAGACUUCCUAGUUGCCAAAAUACAUUCCCCGAACACUUUUUACUUAGGUGACGGUUAAUUUCACCACGUUCAACUAGGUAUUAUGCUAUUUCUGCGUGCGUGUUUGGAUUUUCUCGGUGCAUGCACAAAAUUUUGAUUAAAUGGUCCUCUUGAUUUGACGUCACUUUGAAAACUUAAGACCUAAUGUCGAAAGCCAAAAAGAAGCAUCAUUCUACACGCACACACCUACAAAAUGAGGGGUGUUGAGGUGUUUUAUAUGAAAGAUUAGGAAAAAUACGGCGGAUUUAGGUUGACCACUUUUUGAUCAGAACACCCUUUAUCGUCUCAUUUGCAGGGUCAGAUUUGUUUCUGAAAUCAAUUAUAAUAGGUAUAGGUACUGAAAAUUUAACAUUUGUUACAUCUAAGAUUAAUAUGUAUUGCGUAAAAGUUUAUAAUUGGAAUUGGAUUCCAUAGUUUGAAAAAUAUUGUUAAAAUUGAGAAACUACUUUAAAUCAUAUGUUAGAAAUUGAUAACCGAUUUCGAUAGUAACUAACCAAAACAGUGAGUGUACAACAAACAAAUAGUAAAAAAAUAAAUAAAUAUAAACAUCAACAUAGCGAACUGAAAACUUA